AUGGCGGACUACAAUACUUCCUCUGGUGGGAUGGUCGACCAUAAUGCCAAUCAAGGACAAUUACAUCGAAGAAACGUUGUCGGUAUGGAAGAAGGACCUGAUGCUGAUGCACAACUCGCCGCUCAGUUUGGAUAUCAGCCUGUUUUCAAAAGAGAAUUUGGAUACCUCUCGACUUUCUCCUUCGCCGUCUCUAUCAGUGGAUUGUUUGCUACUAUCAUGACCACUUUCUCCUACCCAAUAAUGUCUGGUGGAUCUGCUGCGGCCGUGUGGUGUUGGGCAAUAUCUGGUGCUGGUUGCAUGUGUAUCGCUCUUUCUGUUGCUGAGCUGGUCUCUGCGUAUCCUACAUCCGGCGGUUUAUACUUUACAAUUUCACGACUUGUACCGCAAGGUUGGGUGCCAUCUAUCAGUUGGGUUACUGGUUGGUUGAAUCUUCUUGGACAGGUCGCUGGUGUUGCCUCAUCUCAAUAUGGUGCAUCUCAAAUGCUGCUAGCAGCUGUUUCGAUCGGAAAAGAUUUCAACUACACAAUUGAUGCAAAUACAACAGUUGGUGUCAUGGCAGGUCUUAUGGUUCUUACUGGCUUGGUCAAUUCUUUAUCUACCUACUGGAUGGAAAAGAUGACAAAGAGCUACGUUAUUUUCCAUGUUCUUGUUUUGGUAUCGUGCUGCAUUGCUCUUCUGGUCAAAACCCCGAACAAACAUAAUGCCACCUAUGUAUUUACCGAUGUUGAUUCAACCUCCGGCUGGACCCCUGUAGGAUGGAGUUUCUUGUUCGGUUUCCUUUCCGUUUCCUGGACCAUGACCGAUUAUGAUGCUACGGCGCACAUUACCGAAGAAAUUUCCGAGCCAGAGAAAAAGGCACCCUGGGCUAUCUCCAUGGCUAUGCUUUUCACCUACAUCGCUGGAUUCCUCUUCAACAUCGUACUUUGUUUCUGCAUGGGUGACCCAGCCGAGAUUCUUGGCACAAGUAUUGGUCAACCAGUCGCUCAACUUUUCUAUAACAGUCUUGGAAAAGCAGGAGGUAUUUUCUACACCGUUUGCGGGUUCAUUAUUCUUGAAUUCGUAUGCUUUACUGCUAUGCAAUCAUUGGCGCGAACAGUCUUCGCUUUCUCUCGUGAUAAGCUUGUGCCAUUUUCCAAAGUCUGGACAAAAAUCUUACCCAUUACUGGAACGCCAAUCGCAGCUGUCUGGAUCUCUGUUGCCCUGUGCAUUGCUAUCAACCUUAUCGGCCUUGGUUCCUACACUGCCAUUUCUGGAGUCUUCAACGUUUGCGCCAUCGCUUUAGACUGGAGUUAUUGCAUUCCAAUUGCCUGUAAACUCAUGUUUGGCAAGUUCGAGCCAGGCCCAUGGCAUAUGGGCAAAUUUAGUACUGCCGUAAAUGCAUGGGCUUGUAUCUGGACUGUGUUUGUCAGUAUCAUCUUCAUUCUCCCGACGGAGCGACCAGUGACUGCCCUCAACAUGAACUACGCCAUCGCCUUCCUAGGACUAAUCCUAGGAUUCUCUACCAUUUACUGGUAUGUUUCCGGCAAGAAGUUCUACACCGGUCCUGUCAUCGAGGCCGCCGACGGAGACUCCCUCAGGAAUUCGUCAGACCGUGGCUCGAGGCAGGAGAAGGUGGAGAACGGAAAUAAAUCAUAA